GAAUGGGUGUGAUGGCUUGUGUAGACGUCACAGCAUCUCUCAACAGCUUCCUGGGAGCAUCCGCCAUCCCUUUAAUGACGGGGAGUCCUGGAAAUACAUCGACCUCCGUUAUCUCGCAACUAUGGCCGACGUUCCAGCGAUAAUAAACAUCGCGAUUUCAUUGAAAAUCCAACCUAAUGACGGACCGGUGUUUUAUAAAGUGGACGGGACGAGGUUCGGCCAAAGCAGGACAAUCAAAAUGCUAACAGGAUCGAAAUACAAAAUCGAGGUGAUCGUGAAACCGGGUAGCGCGGAGGCCACCACAAUGGGGAUCGGCGGAAAGACCUUCCCGUUGGAGCAGCAGUCCAAAGAUGAUGAGCAGAUCGUCUAUAAUGGCACCUAUGACACUGAGGGUGUGCCACACACCAAGAGCGGGGACAGACAACCUGUGCAGGUCUCCAUAGAGUUCAAAGAUGCUGGCAUGUUUGAGACAGUGUGGCAAGUGAAAUACUACAACUACUACAAGAGAGAACACUGCCAGUUUGGCAACAGCUUCAACUGCAUCGAGUAUGAGGUCAAGCCCAACGAGACCCGCAGUCUCAUGUGGAUAAACAAAGAGGUCUUCCUGUAAAACACCAGCGGAGCGGCACAGAAGCACAAAACGUCCUGUAACCAUCAUGGGGCCGCUGUGUGUGGGACAGAUGACUGCAAGCUCCUCAGUGAACUAAGAUGUGAAAAUGAAAGUCUGAUCCAUCAGGGUAUCUGUUCACCAGUCAAGCAGUACACCUAUUUGUUCAACCACUGGUCAUGCAUGAUUUCCAGUUUCAGUUGUCUGUCAGUCUGAACAGAAUUUCCUCAGUUACUGUAUGUCUCAUGCCUAAGCUGGUGAAACUCUGAAAAAGAUGAAGCUUUGGGUGAAAGUUUCCAUGGGAAAGGAUUUUCAGCUCUCUCUUGGUCAUUUGCACAUCACAUAUCUGCUCUAUUAUGGUUACAAAUACACUGAGACCAUCUUUCCACGAGACUCGGAUGAGAAGGCCUGUAUUUAACCCAGUCAUUUGCUGUUAAAGAGACGGGCAGUGCUCCACAAUGCUUGCUCAAAAAGGUGCUGUAUGAACUUACACAGGCUAUACAUGAUACUCUAUAUUAGUGUGUGUAUAAUGUAAUAUUAUCAAAGUAAAGACCAGUCAGUUAAUAUUGUGGUCUUUUGAGACCAGCGUAAAACAAUUAUUUAUUUGUGGCAGGCGUGCCUGUUUCUGUAUGGUGUGAAUGGAUGUUUGCUUAGUUCCCAUUUUGUGUUAUGCUGUUGUUUACUGCUUAAUCUGUUAUUUAUGUUGCCUAUUUCUUCACAGAAGCAUUAGUUCACUGGUGAGAGUUAGAAGUGAAUCAGAAAUGAAGUUAGUGCUUUAUUUAUUUUGAUUUAAUUCUAUUCCUAUUUUCACUCAUAUUCUGAUUGUUUUUUUUUGCUUGUGGGGUGCCUAUGUGUUUCGCUGAAUAUCAGUCAUGAUUUUGAUCAGUCUUCUGUGAUUUUGAGCCAAACUUUUGACUUUUUUGUAAGAAUAUAAACAAUCCUGUUGCUUGAA